AUGGCUGAUUCAUCUCCUCACAAACCACAACCCCCGCUGUCUUGGUCUGCCGCAGAAAUGGUUGCAGCUAAUCUCACCACCCUCUUCAAUACUUUGAUCACCGGACUCCAUAUCCUCGACUACAAUGGCGUCCUAGAUGCAUAUGGUCAUGUGUCUGUCCGCAAUCCAAACAAUGGCUCGAACUUCUUCAUGUCUCGUAACCUUGCUCCUGCUCUGGUUGCUAACGCCAGCGACCUGGUCGAGUACUACGUCGACGAUGCUGCUCCAGUCGACUUGAAUGCUCCUAAAGGAUUUAUUGAGCGAUAUAUUCACAGCGAACUGUACAAGCGCUUUCCUAGCAUCAACAGUGUCGUUCAUAGCCAUUCACCGCAGGUUGUCCCAUUCACCUUCAGCGGUGUNCCUUUACGCCCAUCCAUCCAUAUGGCCGGGUUCUUAGGUAUGCACAAAAUCAUCCUUAGCAAUGCUCCACUCAUUCUUUGUGANCUAGGCGAGGUUGUUCCGAAUUUCAACAUCACGCAGUACUACGAGCCAGGUGACAAUCAGGAUCUCCUUGUCCGCUCACAACGUCUCGGAGCAGCGCUUGCAGCCGAAUUCUCUUCGAACCACACCUUGCCGAAUGCAACACAGACUGAAGCCGAUUAUGCAGUAGUGUUGAUGAAAAACCACGGCUUUACCACUGUAGCGUCUAGCAUUGAACUCGCUGUCAUGCAAGCUGUAUACACGCAGACCAAUGCAGGUAUCCAGACGACAGCCAUGGCUAUUCAGAACGCGUACCCAAACGACAAUCAACGGGGACUGACCUUCCUGACAACUCAACAAAGUGUGCAGUCUUGGACAACGAUGGCUGGCACUUCAGACCGACCUUGGGGUCGAUGGAGUCAUCAGGUCCAGUCCUCUAACUUGUAUCAGAAUCUGUUGGAUCCGAACCAGACACAGCCUGCAUCGCCUCUUCUUUAG